UUUAAUUUCUUGUUUUAGUGCAAAUUAAAAUGUUGAACAAAAUAAUGAAAAGAGGGCAUCGGAAGCCCUCAAAGUCCGAAUCAAUCGAGCCUCCGAUACCAACAACAUCUGCCUCCAGUGUAACAGUCAAUCAUGCAUCUCGAUUAGCUGCUGGAACACCGCCACCCGUAACUCUAGCGACCGCCCCACAGUACCCUGCCACGGUCGAAGUUUUGCCGAUGUUGAGGGAUGUUCCGAUGUCCGACCGGCAUAAUCUUUUCAUCCGUAAAUUGCAAAUCUGUUGCAUCCUCUUCAAUUUCAGCGACACGAUGAGAUCCAUUCGCGAGAGAGAAAUCAAGAGGCAAACCCUCGCGGAGCUCGUCGAAUUGGUCCAGUCGGGCUCGUGUAAAAUGAACGAGAUAAUGCAGGAGGAGUUGAUGAAGAUGAUAUCGGUCAAUAUUUUCCGGUGCUUGCCGCCUCACGAGAGUGGUGUAGACGGGGGAGACCCGGAGGAUGACGAGAUGUUCAUGGACCCUUCGUGGCCCCACUUGCAGCUCGUGUACGAGCUGCUUCUCAAAUACGUAGUGUCGUUAGAUACAGAUACAAAGAUCGCAAAGAGGUAUCUUGAUCACUCGUUUGUUCUAAAACUGCUCGAUUUGUUCGACUCGGAGGAUAUUAGAGAACGGGAGUAUUUGAAGACGAUUCUUCAUCGUAUAUACGGGAGGUUUAUGGUUCACCGACCCUUUAUAAGGAACGCAAUAAACAACAUAUUUUAUCGGUUUAUAUUCGAGACCGAGAGGUAUAAUGGGAUCGGCGAGCUUUUGGAGAUUCUUGGAAGUAUAAUAAAUGGAUUCGCAUUGCCGAUGAAAGAGGAGCAUAAGUUGUUUCUUGUACGGGCGCUUAUUCCGCUCCACAAGCCUAAGUGUAUCUCGUCGUACCAUCAACAGCUUUCGUACUGUAUAAUACAGUUUGUGGAGAAAGAUUACAGGUUGGCUGACACUGUGAUUAGAGGGGUGUUGAAAUAUUGGCCGGUUACAAACUGCGGAAAGGAAGUUCUUUUUCUUGGAGAAUUGGAGGAGAUUUUGGAGGUUACUCAAUCUGCCGAGUUUCAGCGGUGCAUGGUUCCUCUGUUUAGACAAAUUAAACGAAGCCUCAACAACUCACAUUUCCAGGUGGCGGAACGAGCUCUUUUCUGGUGGAACAACGAGCACAUAGUAGGCCUAAUUGCAGAGAACCGUCACGUUAUCUUGCCAAUAAUAUUCGAUGCAUUAGAAAAGAACAUACGAGGCCACUGGAACCAGGCAAUCAUAGGCUUAAGUUCCAAUGUAAGAAAAAUGUUCAUCGAAAUGGACAGUGAACUAUUCGAAGAGUGUCAGAGGCAAUACGAGGAAAAGGAAGCAAGAACCGGAGAAAUGGAAGAGCAACGACAGUUAACUUGGAAGAAACUCGAAGAAGUUGCUGCUCAGACUACUACACCUGGGGACAAUAUGGUCAUUGUUUAAAGAUAUAUUUAUUUGGAUUUUCUUUUUUUUUUUUUUUUUUUUUUUUUUUUAUUAUUAUAAGUGCAUAUAAACUGGAGGCAUUUAAUGUAAAGUGCAUGAAGAAUUUGUGCCUAUCAAAGAGCCUGGAAAAAAGGACUUAAUUGUACUGUUUAAAUUUUGUUUCACACUAUUAUGCUUUUUUUUUUUUUUUAAAUUAUAUUUUUAAUUCCUAAUCAUGAUAUAUGGGUGUUAUUGAUCAAGAUUUGUUUUUGGAGUUU